AGAAAGCAGCUGGAAGGAAAACCUGCAACUACUGCAGCCCUCCAAGAGCGGAGCGAGACCCCUGGAACGAGUCAAAGAGAAAACCCACCGCUCGAGCCCCUCGCCCACUCGGGAGUUUGUUAGCUAAUGGGCAGCACCCUCAUCUUUAACUGAUGUUCUUGUGAUAUUAAUCGAUCGAUGUUUUAAUUGUGCUAUUUUCUAACAUAACUGUAGCCACUGUGGGACGGGCGAGGGUGCCACACAAUGCCCUUUAUUCCUGGCCAUUCUACAUAAGUUGGCUCGAAAUUUUUUGCGGCCCCAGGCAAAGUUGGACAUGGCGCCCAGUCAGCCCCUUUGCUUUGACUGGAAUCAUCAAUGCCAGACCUGGACAAUGAAACCUGAGGCAGGACAGGGGAUGGCGAAGUAUGGAGGGUUGGCAUAUGAAACAGUGAAUUGACAGUUUGAUUAGUUAGUCUUGUAAACUGACGUUGAUCGGUCUCAGAAAGGGGUGGUGGUGGCGGUGACAUUUCAGACCAGUAAAAAUCGGUCUGUAUGAGCAGGCUUUAUGUAUUUAUUAUUUCUCAAAAAAAAAAAAAUACAAAACCAUCACAAUUAUAAACAAACACACAAACGCAUAUGCAAGUUUCUAUUUAAGCCUUCAGCUAAACAUGCACGUUACAAUGAUGGGAUCGUAUUCCAUUUAAAAAGACAUACAUUAUUGCAGCAGCUCCAGUACAUAUACAUGUCAUUAGAACGAAUACAUUUUCAAGCUUAAUAUCACAAAAUUCAAUAAAACUGAAGUACAAGGACAUCUCUAAAUAAAAAUCUUUGGCCACAAUUUACUCCGUCCUCACGUAUGCAAAUUAAGCAGUUUAACUAUCCAAUCAAUGCACGGCCUCUGGUUUUGUUUUCACGCACGAGACGGCAACGGAGAAGAGCUUUGGCGGGCCAGGAGCGAAUCUCGCAGACGGCGGGGAAGGACACAGAAAGCAAUCCGAUAAGUUUUAACAUAAUGGAAGACGGCGCCGAGGGUGAGCCGUUCGCUUCGGAUCAGCCCCCCGACUUCUCGGUGUUAAAGGAGCUGCUUUUCCCUGCGUGUCUGGAGACCGACUGUAGCUGGAGCGCCAUGUCCUCCAAGCUUUCGAAGCCGCCGCCACAGCAGCACUACACCAUAAAUGAGCGGGCCGGGCACGCGCCCCCCUCCGAGCUCGACUGCCGUCAGAUCAGCCGCCUGCAACCUGCGGGUCGUGUGCACGGAGUGCCAGCCGCGCGCCACUCGGAGUCAAACCGGAGCAGCGAAGGCGUGGCGGGGCGUUGCAGCGACUCCAUGGACCGCCCGUUUGGUGUGCCCAGCCAGGAGUGCCCGGAGGGUCCCUACCCAAGUACAGCACCGCAGACAGCGAUUCUCUACUUUCUGCAAGAGACGACAAAGCUGGUUCCCCCCGUUACAGCGAGUAAGUGUGUGGCCUCCAUAGACGGGAGCCCUUUCGGUAAUGCCAGACAGCCACAAGCCCAGUACCCACCUGCUGACUUUUGCACCCCUGUAGAUCAGCCUGGCACUUGGUGCGGCCCGCAGCCGGCAGUGUACUCGGGCUCCAUCAGGCUGGUGCCCAGGCUGGACGGCUGUAGCUCCUUGGAUGUCAUGAGUCUCAUCAGCCUCCAGUGCAACAGACUGAUGAACUCGGAGAGCUUUGUGGAUGGCGUCCUUCAACCGUUGGGUAACAGUGAUCAGAUUAACGGUGCCAAGGCGGGCAUCACCAGUGAAGCCAUCUCCGGCUCUUUUGGUAUGGCUAUGGACAAAGGGACGAAGGAGAUGCCCAAACUGGGUUGUGUUGGUCAUCUGUGCCCACCAGUCCAUGACAUGGGUAGUGCCAAGGUGGCCCAGUGCAAGGAAAGCUCAAAUGUGAGCCAUUCUGUAGACAAUAAAUUCUUGCCAGGGGGCACCAAAGUUGGCACAUACUCUGUGGGCACCUUAGCCGUUGGUACCAAAGAGGCUGAAGGGAAGGAAUUCACGCUCGGCCACAACAAUGAACUUCCAGUUGGCCGCCAGUCUGCUACGAUGAAAAAUACCUGUGGGGUCACAGCUUCGAAGGGUACCAUUAACAUCCUGAAGCAGAUGGAGGGCACGCUGUCCAAAAGGGGACAUGCAGGGGGCUGCACAGAAGAUACCCCCCACAAGGGUGAAUGCCACACCACACACUCCACCUCACAAACCAAGCUGGACUUCAAUUCCAAUGAACUGUGCUUCAGUGCAAAGGGGGCUCUCCAAGACCCCGGAGGAAGUGGUUUGAUCAGUCACAGCGGCGUCCCAGUGGCUGGCGUCGAGCAAGACGUCCUCACCAAAGUGGGCAACCAGCCACCCGGCCAGAAAGAAUCCGGUGCCCCCGGUGAGGGAAGCAGCCGCCCCAGGAAACAACGGAAACAGCAAAAGCCAAUGAAGAGCGCGAAGAGUUGGGACCCCGACUUCCGAGGAGUAACCAUCACCAUGCAGAUGGUCCCCAGCAGUGAAAGCCCUGACAAUUAUCAGCUGCUGAUCACUCCACAGUACAGCGCAGAGCUUUUGAAUUUGACAAAAAAAACCCGAGGCAGUAAAGCCCGGCUGGCAGCAGACAGCGGCAGGACCAGCAGCUCCGAGGAGGACGGCUACCCCCUUUGCCCAAACAGUAAGGAGGAAGCGGCUUGUUGUGUCCAAAGCAAAGUCUGCGCAUCCUGCAGUACCAGGAAAACACCUCUGUGGAGAGAUGCAGAAGAUGGGACGCCGCUGUGCAAUGCCUGUGGGAUCAGAUACAAGAAGUAUCGAGUCCGAUGCUUUCGCUGUUGGCACAUUCCUAAAAAGGACGGGAACUCUAAUUUCAAAUGCUUGAGAUGUGGCGGCCUUUUACGAGUCUCCACGAGUCAGCGGAAAAACUCGUAGAAAAUGACAGCAGCGCUUUCUGCCCCAACGCUUAUAGAGGGACGGCUUGUAGCACUUGGGCGUCUGGAUGCCCGUGGGUAAUGAAUGCCAUAUGGCCAUCCUUUGUUUGUUUUGUUGUUUUUUUUUUUUUGUGCUUGUAUUUUUCAUGUUUCACUGUUUUAUGUAAAUUUGUUUUGGAAGUUUUCACCAGUGGACAGACAAGUGGGGAUGGAACAAGCUACUUUGGUUAAUUAUUAUUACAAAACAUGAUGAACGCGCAGGCACUUACACUCCUGCACUUGAAACGCCAACCAAGAUGUACAUUUUUGGUGACUAAUUAUACAAAGAGGGGAAAAAAAUGUUAUUUUUGUAAAUAGAAAAGUUAUUAUUCUA